CGUAAUAAGGAAACGGAUUAAUCCGGUAUUCACAGCAUGACCCGCAUGAUGUGCGGUUUGUGCACUCCCAUCGUAAAAACCCUAUAAAAACGACACUUUUGUUCAGGUUUAAAGUGUAACGGAUGGGUUAAAGUAAGGCCUGUGUUUAUUCUGGACAAACAUGCAAAGCUGUUUAAAAAAGCAACAGACAUAACAUUUUUCAAUUGUUAGUAGUGUUUUUCAGUCUUGAAAGCCUUCUUUUGCCAUCAAGGGAGUUAACGCCAAGCGGAGAGCAUCGAGUGGGGGUCCCAAUGUUGUGUCAAGUGAUUGGCUGAAUUUGCCUCAGAGGACGUUUGUAGCCCCAGACUGGAAGGUAUUUCCUGAUUGGAUGCUGCGAGCGCUGUGGAUCGCAGGCAUGGCCAUUCGCUGGCAGUGUGAGAGCAGGGACUGCGUUUCAGCCCAACGACUUGUGGAGUCUUGGAAGCUAGGGUUCAUUUAGUGAACUAAGACAGCUACGGCCAUGUACUCUCUUGGACUACUGGUCUCCGUUAUUUUCACUGCUCUCGUUCUACGACACGGUGAUUGCCUUCAGAUGGACCUACAGCUCUGUAAUCCUGAAUGCACCGCAUCCUCAUCCUCUGACACCACAUACCAGAGAGGGAUAAAAUACACCUACAGAUACAGCACAACGAUAGCCACUACGCUACAAUUCGUCUCCUCAGGCAGAAACGGACUGGCUCUUGACUGUGUCGUGGAUGUAGAUGUGAUUUCCAAGUGUCACCUUUCGAUGCAGAUCAGAAAUCCACAGAUUAAGCGUCUUUCUCCGCAGAAGGAACAUUCAGUGCAACGCCUCAAGAGUUUAAGGGAGUCGCUGGAGAGGAGUCGCCUCAAGUUCUCCCUCCAGCAGGGAAAGGUCACGGCCCUCUGUCUGCAAGAGGGGGAGCAGGUGUGGACGCUGAACAUCAAGAGAUCUCUACUGAGCAUGCUCCAGACCUCCCGUACCGCCAAGAAGCAGGAAGUCGUUGAGGAGACGGAUGUGUACGGGACUUGUACUACUAAAUAUGAGAGAAGAGGGUCUCUACUGGUGAAGACAAGGAACAUCAGACAAUGUCACCACGAUCGACUGGCAGGCUUCUGGCCACACUCCAUCUCUCUGACCAAGGACACGACGUUGGACUCCAAUCUCCAGUGUACCCAGCGACAUGGGACUACAGUGAUGGAGGAGGUCCGCUGCACGGAGACCGUCUCUGUGGUGCCGUUGUCGGGGUCAAUGGGAGUGGUGACGACCCAGACCAACUCCACCCUGAUUUUGCUCAGAGCCCUGGAAGGCACACCCUCAGGAGCUGAUAUGCUGGAUCCAGGUGUCCUGACCGAUCUUCGGUUUGUGGAAGAGGGGACAGAGGGGUCGAUCCGGCGUGGUCCCCCCGCCCUCCAGGAAGCCUCAGACACCGUGAGAAGGCUGUGCACUCUCGCAUCUGACCAGCAUCAGGCCUCGGAUCUGUUCCUUCACUUGGCAUUCCAACUGAGAGCCUUGUCCAUGUCCCAGCUCAGGACUCUGUGGCAAGAUGUUUCCUUCAAGUGCCGAAACGACUGGCAGCCUCUCUUGGAUGCCCUACCGGCGUGCAGCUCAGAGGAAUGCAUCAUCCUCCUGACAGACCUAAUCCAGAAUGAGGACAUAGAGGAGGAGAGGGCUCACUCCUUUCUCUCCACCAUCGCCCUCAUCCCUUACCCCACACCACACAUCAUCCACUCCGUCAAUGCCUUGCUGAAGGCACCUAAGGUGAGGGCCAAGGCCCUGUUGACCGGGUCCGUCCUGGUCCAUGUUCUGUGUCAGAGGACCGGGUCUCCCUGCGGUGUCGUCCCCCAGGUCCAGGCCUUCGUACAGGCCCUGAAGGACUCCCUGGGGGAGGACUGCGGAGGAGGGAACUCGCCGGUCCCUGAGCUGCUCCACACGUUGAAAGCAGUGGGAAAUGCCGGCUUGGUAGCCUCCUCUCUCAUCCCUCAGCUGAACGUCUGUAUCCAGAGCCACUCGACGCCUCUGGAGUUUCGACUCACCGCCGUACAAGCAUUCAGGCGAAUCCCCUGUAAUGCCGACAGGGGGUCUCUGCUCCAGCUGUACCGUGACCCCCUGGAAGACGUGGAGGUCAGGAUUGCCGCAUACCAGCAGGUCAUGCGCUGCCCUGACCCAGACAUGCUGAACGCAGUAAGGACAACUCUGAGACACGAGAUCUCCAGCCAAGUGGGCUCGUUUGUGUGGAGUCACCUGACCCAGGUCCUGAGGACAGAGGACCCCAUGAAGCAGGCUCUGUUGGAGGCACUGCCUGAUGACAUCAUCACUAAAGACUUUGAGGCCGAACUCUGGAAAUACUCCUCUUAUUCAGAUUACACAGUGGACUCGGGACUUGGCAUUGCAAAUAUGGAGGGAGCCUUAGUUUUUUCCCCAAAGUCGUUUGUGCCCCGCUCUGCCAUGGCAAACCUAACUGUCCACGUCCAUGGAAGAGCGUUCAAUCUAAUGGAGGUUGAUCUUCGAGUGGAGAACAUGGAACCUUUUCUGAAACAACUUUUUGGCCACCAGUCAGCUUCUCCUGACAAAGACUCCACCGCUCCGUAUGAACAUGAGGAUGAAGAGGAAUCUAAGAUGAAGGAAAGAAGAAAAAGAAAAUCAGAUGAUGUAGAUAAAGAACAGAUAAAACAGAGGAAAAGGAGAAAAGCUGAGCAAACAGAAGACGAUGGAAGCCAGAACGGAAAGCAUGGUUGCUCGUCUAGCAUUAACAGUUACCUCAAUCAAGCCAGGACAGUGUUCUCAGGAGGGAGCCCGGAGAAGACGAGGUCACGAUGUUGGUUCGGUGUCAAGGUGUUCGGCAACGAGCUGAGCGUGUUGACCUGCGACGACCUCUACGCCCAGUUGAAGGGGCUGUCACUCAACAUGGCCGGGUUCGCCGUCAGACUGCUGAAGGGCCAGGAGGUGCAGCUCCAUCACAGGGCGGUGCUGAUGACAGAUGAACUGGUCCUGCCCUCUCUGUCAGGCUUGCCCAUUAGACUGGGCAUCAACAUGACCUCCCUCCUCUCACUGCGUCUGAAGGGCAGUGCCGACUACAAACACUGGUCCCACUUCUCCCUGGCAGGCCAUGUAAAGCCAAUGGCCUAUGUGGGCCUGUCAACCCGCAUGGGGGUGGAUGGGGCCCUGGGUAGGGCUGGACUGGAGUGGGCCACAGAUAUCAGGACCUCCAGCAGCCUGGACGGGAGUGUGUAUCUACAGGAGGGCCACGACCUAAGAGUGGUCCUUAACACGCCCGAAGACAUCAUGGACAUUGUCACUCUCAGCUCCAGGAUAAUUCAUGUGAAUGGAGAUCACAGAGAGGAGAUGAGAGGCUCCAAGAAUCGUGUGGAGAGAACCACCUGCACCCCAAAAACAUGGUCUAAGAUGGUGGGUUGGCAGCUGUGCUCCAAUGUCUCCUUCCCCUUGUCUACCACGGGGCUUUCCUUCCCCCCCCCCGGGCCUGCACAUUUCUCCCUCAGGCUGCUGAAGCUGGAUAGAGGCCUUCACCAGUACCUGCUGGAGGCGGCCUAUUCCCUGUUGACACAGAGGGGCUCCUGGCUUCCCAGAGAGGCCUCCCUCCACCUCCUCCUGUCCACCCCCCAGUCCUCCAUCCCGCGGGACCUGUCUCUAGACCUGGCCUUCCAGCCCGAUAGGCUGCUUUUCAGGAUUAGUCACCCACUCAAGACUGUCACCAUCCAGGGACAACUUGACCAAGUGAGGAAUAUGUGGACCGGCAAACUUGAGCUUCUGAUAGACAAUGUUCAUCACUGCUAUAUCCUGGGACUGAUUGAUGCCCAGACCGUCCUCUCAGAGCGGAGGCUGCGCUAUCAUCUAGAAGCCAAAGUGGCCACAGAGAGCCGUCCCAUGGUCCUUUCUGCUAACAUCACCCACGGACUCGGCAGAAAGACCAGCAUGUCUGCCACUCUGCACAACGUUUUCAGAGAAGCCGCCUCCCUCUCUGUGGUUCUGGAGCGGAGGCAGAAUGACGGGCCGAGGCAGUACUCCAUUGAAGCGGAGCUCCUGCUGCCUGGAGUGCUGGGUGGCCGGAUCCUGGGGCUGAUGGAGCAGAAGGGCUCGCUGCGAAGCUCUGCGCUGAGGCUCAAAUAUGGCCUGGGAGAGGACGCACGCCUCCUCCGUCAGGAGUGCCACACAGCCCAGAGCCUGAGGAGUGACACGGAGCCCAAUCAGACAUACCAUACGAGUUUCGAACAUGAGUUCUACUGCUCCAACACCGCCGCUGUUAACCACAAGGUCCACCUGAGGCAUGAGGAGAGCCCAAGUCACACCAAGUCCAGUGUGGACGUGAGCUAUGGGAAACACUGGGAUCAGAUCAACAACAAGCGCCGGCUCCACCUCAGCCAGUCCUUCAGGAACCAGUCCAGACACAACCUCACCAGCUAUGCCCUUGAGUUCAGCCUGCAGGUCCCAGAGAGGUAUUUGAACUACAGGACCCAGCUCCUGCAUUCACACCUGAGGCAGAGAGGAGUGGAGAGCAGAACCCACCUCAGAGUCAACUACAACGAUGAGACGCCCCUGGUAGCUGGACUGUACUGGAAAGCCGCCACCAAAGCCUUUCUGAGGAAAUGUGAAGGCACGUUUAACCUGGACAGCCCCUGGCUAUAUGUACACACAACCCACAAGCUGAGCCAGCCACAGCGCCACACCUACCAGGUGACCUCUGAACUGACGGCUCGCAGGGGGCUGACCGUCCCUAACCUCACGCUGGAGGGAUAUUAUAAGGACAGGAACAAGGACGUAGAGGCCCGCUUACACCUCUACACACCUGCUGUCACCUACCUCAAGGCGAGUGGCUGGGGGGUGAUGGGUAAGCGGGGCCUGAAGGCUUCUUGUGCCCUGUCCUCUGCGUGGAGCCCUGCCCUGAGAGGAGACCUCUCCCUGGAGGACACCAAACAGGGCCGGACCCUGCAGCUGACCUCCGGCUAUGGCCAGCACAACCUCAGUCUCUGGGCAGAACUGACCACGGUGGAUAAGAAAUUGAUGAGGAGGAUGGUGACGAUGAAGAUGAGCUUAUCGGAGCCCAAAAGCCCAUCGUUUGAGUUGGAGCUGGAGGGAGGAGUGGAGGAGCUGAGGAAGGACAAACUCAUUUAUCAGAAGAGAGUUGUGUUACUCCUUCGACAGCCGUUCCAGAACUUUCUUCAGUUUUUCCUUCUCCAGGAGACCUUCACCAUCAACCUCCACAAGGGCCUUUACAUCCUGGAGUCCAAAGCCCGUCUCUUUGGGAACAGGGAAGCCAUUCAUACUGUCACCCUGGGAUACAAGCAACCCAGGCUUUUUAUGUGCUCUUCACUGACCCACCCUUUUGGUUCUGAGCUCAUCCCCCAUGACUCCGAAGUCUGUGUCAUCGUGUCCAGCAACCAGACACAGAGAGAGGUGCGUGGCAGGCUUCGGGUCGGAAAGAAGGACAAACUGACGUUCCAUGGACAGGUGCAGCUUAACCCUGCAGAUUCACCACAACGCGGGGUCAAAGUUCGAGCAAACCUUACCCACCUGCUCCAGUUGAAGCUUCCCUCAUCUGCUGUAGUGGAGGGAGUCGUGUCCUGGAAUCUCCAAAACAACGGUGUGUUUGGUUACCUAGCAAGAGGGAAGGCUGGGAUUGAACAGCAACACUGUCAAUUUUCUAUUAAUCUGAAUGGAUCGUCAGACAGGGUUGACCUGUAUUCCUCUCUAAGUCACCCCUUCCAGUCUAAGAUCCCAAACACAUUGGAGGCCCAGCUCACUGCAGACCAGUCUACAAUGCCUGGCAGGGUUAGCAGCUCUCUGUGGGUGAGGGCUGAUGGGAAGAACAGAGCCUUGCUGGAGGCCCAGGUCUCCCACUCCCUGAUGGGGGGUACCAGAGGCCUGUGUGGGCAGAUGAAAGUGCUCCAGAGUCUGCUGCCUGCUGUAGCCACUGAGCUGAACUUCAGCAUGUCUGCCAACAUCUCCUCAGAUAGACUCUCCAUGCAGGGUUCGUGCCAGCAGGGAGGCCAUGUCCUGCAGGCCCGGGUGGAUGGGACACUGGAGCAGUCCGCAGGUUCCCCAGUGCUCCGAAUGGCUCUCGCAGGGGACCUGAGGCACUCCUUACCCAGCCUCGCUGCUCUGCCUCGCGGCCUGAGUCUGGAAGGGGCCCUGGGGCAGUCAGACUGGCUUACUGAAGGGCAGCUGAGAGUGACAGUGAACCAGGCUGUUUACAGUGUGGAGCUGAGUCAUGAGCAGGACCCCGGACACCCCUGGGAAGAUAAGGAUGGCAUGCUGGGAAAAGAGAUGGACGGGGCCCGCGAUUGGCUGUGUGUUCGAGCAGACGAGGAGACAUUGUGUGUGAACCUGAGCCGCCGACUGGACAGACCAGGGAAAGGUGGAGUCAGUGGCCAGUUAUCUCACUCAUCCCUUUGGCUCCACACUGCCGGCAUACCAGAUAAGAGCAGUGCUCGGGUGAGUUGGACCCGGGAGGAGGACAGACUCACAGCGUGGGUGGAGCUAAAGGUCGGAGCUCAGGGCCUAAAGGCUGAGUUGGAGGCGGUCAGAACUGGCUUGGCCUACCCACGAUGGGAGCUCCAAACACAGCUACAGCAUCAAUGCAAGGCCCUGGUCCAGAGAGGCCUACCCAGGUCCCUGCAAGCUACAGGCCAUUACCAGGAUAAGCCAGAGGUUGUGAGUUCAGGGUUGGCUGUUCAGGUGGACAAACAGAGAACAUUGACCCUGCUAGUGGAAGCUGCUCGAGCCAAUAAAACGGCCAGUCUUACUGUGUCUCUGCUGCACCAUCUGAUGCACCUCAAAGGAGUGAUACCUACAUCAUUACAGAUGAGCUGCACAGCAGAUGCCGCCAUAGCUGCUGCUAACGGCCGCCUCGCGGCCCAGUGCUCCGGAAGUGUGGCUGGUCCACCCAUGGAGCCUCUCCUCCCUCUGAACUUCUCAGUGAACACCUCCUUGGUCCAUUCCGGCUGCGCCACGCGUCUGGACACAUACCUUCACACCCGAGGAGAGAGGACGGGGGCCGCCAGCCUGGCCGUGACCUCCUGCCUCCCCCGGCUCAGCUUUAGGAGCUCCAUCCGCCACUCCCUGGGGGAGCUCCAGGCCCUGGGCCUCCCUCUUCACGCUGCCCUGGUCCUGGGCAUCUCAACCGGGGACCGGCCUGGUGUGGAGCUGGAAUUGGGCCGGUGCCGGAUCAGGGCUGAUUCCAGGGAAAACGAGGCUCGCUGGGUGUUCAAUGUGACCCACCACUGCCCGGCAUUACAGAGUGCAGGACUCCCUGUGUCACUGGCGUUCCACGGCCUCCUCUCAGUGGUCCCAUGUCAACUGGUCCUACACUGCACCCUGAAGAUGGACAGCGGUAAUCUAACCCUGGAGCUGGACCAGUCAUGCAGGCCGGCAGCACACCUCUCAGGCUCCCUGGCACACUCCUUCCCGGGCCUCUGGGCCCGGGGCCUCCCCCGGAAAACCAGCAUAGAGGCUUCGGCUCCGGGUGGCCGCGAAAGGGCCGGGGCCCUGCUGAUAACGGCCGACUCGUGUCAGGUCAGAGCCAAAGGAGACCUGGGCCCUAAUGGAAGGACUCUGUUGCUGUGGGCUACUGAGUCAGACUGUCCCUUGAUACAGGGCCUUGGCCUCCCCUCCCAGGUCCGUCUCAACGGCUCAGUGGGUACAGACGACCGGAGCGUCUGGACGGCCAUGUUGGACGCGAGCGUGUACGGACAGCAGACUGGUUCCUUGAGGCUGACCGCUGGGGCGGGGCCUGGGCCGAGCUUGGAGGGACUCCUCAGUCACAACCUCACGGUACUGGCCUCACUACCGGACCAGAGUAAGGUGGUGGUCACCACCGGGGGUGGGGCAGACUCACAGGGUUACGGUGCAGAGGCGUGGCUACAGCUGAGGGGUUGUGUCGUGAGUGGCUCUGUGACGGUGAGGACGGGACAUCACCUGCAGGGGGCAGCAGUGUACCACACCAACUGCACUGCGCUGCAGAAAUGGGGCAGCCCACAAAAGAUGAAAGCUGCUGCUUCAUUGGCCAUCACCCAAACACUAUUAGACGCCAGCAUCUCUACGACAACGGAUGACAGGGAACUGCAGGCUUUGAUAGCCCUGAGGAACACAAAGGGUAGGCAGGAAGUGUCAGCCUUUCUCAACCACUCUGUGCCUCGGCUACAAAGGGUGGGCCUCCCCGACAAUGCUACCAUGGCAAUGCUUUUGGAGAGCCAUGGCAACGGCUCCUACCACUGGCUCCUGCACUGCUCCGGUGGUAGCCAGCAGUUGCUUGAAGAGGUGACAGUGGACAGCACUGGGGUUAUAACAGUGGAGAGUCAUGUCAACCACACUAUGGACAUCUUGAGGAACUGGGGACUGUCAGAGAACAACAGUGUACAGAUAGUGCUUGGUUCAGGGGAGGUGAAGAACCUGACAGUCUCAUCCCAGUUCGGAGCUCGAUUAGCAGGACUGAAGCUUCAGCUGAAGGAGGGUCCCAUGACUACUGACCUGACAGGAAACCUGUGGCACAAUUGGCACUGGCUUCAAGAACGAGGGAUCCCACCAACAAUGGAGGUCCGAUGCUCUGUUCACGGGGUCCUGUCUGAGCUGCGGUCCGGGGCUCACGUCUUCGUGGACGGACACAGGCUGCUGGCAUCUGGCCUCAAUAUCAGCCUGGGCGAAGGUCGUGUGGCCGCACGGCUGUUUCUGACCCCUCCCUCCUCACUGCGUACAAACCGGCCCCACAGCCUGGACUCCGCCCUAGACUCCGCCCUAGACUCCACCCUAGACUCCGCCCUAGACACCGCCCUGACUGCCCAGUUAACAGGGCCCAUGAGGGGGGUGUCACUGGACUGGAAGGGUGUGGGGAGACGGGUGCUGGUGGUCGGGGACGUGAGGGGCUGGGGGGCCCCUGGAGGCUCCAGGGAAGCCAGAGCCACGAUACACCACAGCUUCCAGGGACACACCAGACCUGUUCUACAGGUCGAGGCCUGGGGAAGACUGACUGACUCUCAACUCAGAUGCUCUGUAGCUGUGAACCCCGAGCUCAGCUCCUCUGUGGCGCUCAUCGUCCAGGGACACCACCUGCCCGACAGUAAGGAGUUGAUGAUGAAGGUGGUCCAGACUGUUCCACACUCGAAACCUUACCUGCCCACGCAGCUCAACGUCACAUCUCAGUUGAAUCAGUCACGCUCCAGUGCCAAUGGUCUGCUUGAGCUGCGCUCAGACUCCAGGGUCAGGGGGCAGGCAGAGCUGCGCUCAGACUCCAGGGUCAGAGGGCAUGCGGAGCUGCAUUCAAGCAGGAGGACGUUCUCGGCUCGGUGGGAGCUGAGGGUCACGGAGGGGGGCUACCGCCAAGCUAUGGAGCUCAACCACACAUACCCACAGCUGAAACCUCUGCCCCGGAACAUGGCUUCAACGACGUGGUAUGAGACAGCCAACUGGAGCCACCGGCUGCGGCAUGAAGCCGAGUGGGCCGGUCAGACGUUCAGCGUGGCGGGGCUCUGCGACACACCUCCAACACCGGACCUGGGAGACCACGUACUGAGGGUUCAGAUUGCCUCCGUGCCCCAGUGGUGUACUCUGGACCUGGCCAUAGAGCGCUCCCCCCGGGCCGGACUGGACAGCGCCGUGCUGGGCUGGAACAGACACGGGCAGCGGGAAGAGGUCAGAGCUCUCUGUUCUUGGAGGGAUGUGGUGGCAGGCAGCGAGAUGACAGUGGAACUGAGACAGCCGUUCACCAAGACACUCUCCCAAAUGUACCUCCACACACUCUCCAACACCUCCACCACAGAGCAACGGAGCAACCAUCAGGCCCUUGUCUCCUGGAACAGUGGGUCACCUGUGAACGUCUCCCUCACCCUCAGCCAGCAGUGGCAGGACAACUCCAGCAGGGGGCAGGCUUGUGCCCGCUUCUCAACUGCACAGGCUGUAGCCCCUUCCCCAUUGGCUGUUGAAGGCUGUGUCUCGGUGGCCAAGGAAGUGAAUACUUACUCCCAGAAUGCCGAGCUGAAGUGGGAGGAAAAGAGCCUUAGACAAGGCUUUAACUACCAGAGGAGUGCCACAGGACUCCACACCGUGCAGCUGGAGGCUGGGGCAGAGAACGUGUCGCCGGCCCCCUGUCCCUCACACACCUUCCUGGGCCAGAUCCACACCAACCUCAGAGACAAGCUGGAACAUCACCUGCUGGUGGGCAUCUGCCCCCCACAUCUGUCUCUUGGCUGGUCUGGGCACUACAGAGUGAACUCGGGAGCGGAGCUUCUCUACACAAAAAGUAAUCUGUCUGUGACUGGCCAGCCCCCCUGCAGCCUGACCCUGGCUGUCACCAACUACUCCAGCAGCCACAGUACCAACACAUCCGUGGUGGCGGAGACUAAGGUAGGUAACCUGAGUAUGGAGGUGGGGGUCAGUGUCCUGUCCUCUCUGCGUGGUCUGGGGCUGCAGAUCCAGGCCAGAUUGGACCGCAAUGAGCAGGUAUGGCUGAAGGGGGCGCUAGAGGGACGCUGUCUACACACCACAGCCGGCUAUAGAGACGCGAUGGGAGCAGAUGAAGCCCUCUCAGGGGCAUUGUGUCUGGGGGACCGGCGGAGGUUAGGCCUCACCUUUGAAGUACUGAGACUAGAGGGCGGGACUCAGCUUGAGUCACUCACAUCCAUCUCGUUGGGCACAGCCAAUCAGAGCCUGGCGUUACGGGCCAGAGGAUGUGAAGAGAGCCUAUGGGCAGUGGAGGCCCGGAUCCACCAUCUGGGCUCUCGGUGGAGGAAUAAGCUCUUGGAGAGAGUACAGAGGUUACAGCAGCUCCUGACGGAAUUCAGGCGCCAGUCUAAGGGCAGUGAAUUCCUCCAGGAGCUGAGCAGCUCAGCCCUCCAUUUUACCCAGAGAUCAGAGGCCAUGCUGGGGCAGAGAGAGGGAGAGGCGUGGGCCUCCUGGAGGACGAGCCGACUACGCCACGCCCUGACUAAGAGCGUACCGCACCUCCUACUCCUGCUACAGCAUGCCUCCAAGCUUGGACAGCAGGAGCUCCAGAGACCGCUGGCCACUCUAGCUGGGGCGUACCACGACGUUACAGGCCAGAGGGUAGAGUCUGUGUGGACCCACGCUGUGUCCCUCUGGAGUGCCAGACUGGUGGAGCUCCUACCGCCGCUACUGGAAAACCCUCAGCUCAGACCCCUAGCUCAGACCACCGUGACUGCCUUCAUCGCUCUCCUGGAUGUGUUGAGCCAGCAGACGGCUCUCUGGGCAGAACUGAGAUUGGCGGCAGCCUUGGCCCGCGUCAGGAGACACCUGGGUUCUGUUUACAAACUCUCUCCAAGCGACUGCUCGGUGGGCGUGUCCAUACCGCUGGCACGGGGCCAGGGGUCCAGGGUGGAGGAGGCCGGGGUGGUGGAGGUCCUCCUGGAGGAGUGGCUCCUGAGGCCCCUUCAGGCUGUCACCUCCCUCAGGCCCACUGCGGAGCUCUACCGCCUGAAGAGGAGGGUCAUGGACAGCCCGUUCCGCCACCAAGCCCUGCUGGUGGCUGGACAGUUUGUGGUGUCCUUUGACGGCCAGCUGUUGGAGCUGCCAGCCCCCUGCCCAGUCCUCCUAGCCCGCGAUGUCACUGAUGAGGACUCCUUCGCUGUGUUGCUGGGUUCAGAUGCCCGCUCACUGUUCCCUCUAGUGGUGAGGAUGUACAACAGCACUGUUGCCAUCGAGCAGAAUGGAGAGGUGGAAGUCAGUUGCCAUUCCACACACACAUCUUACAGUAACAGUGGACUUGUCGUUCACAAGGAGGCGGAUGUUGUUGAGUUGUCCAAUCAGAACGGAGCACUGGUGUCGUGUGACCUAUCCCUGGAGCUGUGUAGUCUGACUCUUGAUGGGUGGCUUCAUGGUGCCUCCACUGGUCUCUUUGGGACCAAUGACAACGAAGCAGGAAAUGACUUCACUUUGCCCGAUGGUUCCAAAGCUGACAACAUGGCUGACUUUUUUCACAGCUGGCAGACAAAUCCUGAGUGUGGCAGUGUACCACAGAAAUCAGAGCCCUGUCCUAAGAUGGCUGCCAACUCUCUGAGAUGUGACACGCUCUUCUCCGCCCAAGACUCACCACUGAGUUCCUGCUUCAGGGUGGUGGAUCCUGAACAAUUCUUAUCUGUGUGCGAGAGAAGCCGCUGUGGCUCUGUCUCGGGCCCCUCCGGAGCCCCCUGUAGGCUAGCUGCUGCUUUUGUCCACCUCUGCCAGAGAAACCAUGUCCCUCUAGAGCUUCCUGUCCAAUGCACUCCAGCCUAAGAGGCUCUACCAUGACGGAGUUACGACUGAAACAAACAACUUUUGUCUGAAGCCAAAACCCUUUUCAGUUCAUUACUGUUUUGUCUUACACCGCAUUCACCCUGUGCUACUAUUGAUCCUGUACUGUACUGUGUUUUUGAUAGUUUUACUUUGUUUCAUCAAGUUGUCUUGAUUUAUGUUGUUUAAUGUUAUUGUUUUUAUAUACCUUAUGUAAUUAAUAUUUAUA